AGCAACAGCCUGCCUUUAUCUUUCCCUCGAACGAACAAGAGUUCCUGCCUGUCUUGUACAAUUGGGAUAAAUAGUCGGCAAGGCCAGUCCCAUGUAGCUUCCUGCAGCUGGCGAGCUCCCACCACUGGAGAGGCUCAUUGUUGAUGGGCAGCGGAGUCUGGCACAUGAAAAGAUGACUGGGUCCAGAUUCUUCCUGCUGCUGCUCUUAGCUCUGCCUGUACCGGCACUGGGGGAAAGAGAAGUCUCUCCACCGUUUGCACGCUGUAGCCUCUUCGGAGACGAUCACAUUAAAACCUUUGACGAGCUGCUGUAUGAUUUUGCUGGCGAUUGCAGUUACCUGCUGGCUGGAGACUGUGAAAAAAGAUCUUUCCUAUUACUUGGGGACUAUCGCAAUGGGAAAAGAAUCAGCCUUUCUCUGUACCUUGGAGAAUAUUUUGAUAUCCAUUUAUUCUUAGAUGGCACUGUGACUCAAGGUGAAAAGAGGAUUUUAAUUCCGUAUGCCUCAUAUGGAGUCUUUCUGGAAAGGGAAGCAGGCUAUUCCAAGCUGUCCAGUGAGGAGCAUGGCUUUGUGGUGAAGAUGGACAUCAGCGGGAACAUCCUUCUAAGCCUUGCAGAGAAGCACUAUAACAGGACUUGUGGACUCUGUGGGAAUUUGAACAGAUUUGCCGAAGAUGACUUCAUGACCCAGGAAGGGAUAUUGGAAGAGAACAGCUACAGCUUUGCUAACUCCUGGGCCCUGAGUAACCAGCAAAAGAAAUGCCAGCGAGUGACGCCCCCGAGCUACACUUGCAACAUUUCGGCAGCGGCUGCAGAGAAGGACUCCAUAGGAAAUUGCCAGCUGCUAAAAACUUCAUCGGUGUUUUCUAAAUGUCAUCACCUGGUGGACCCCGAAAAGUUCAUUGGCCUCUGUGAAGAAGACAUGUGCCGGUGUGCCCAGGACAGAAACUGCCACUGCCCAGUUUUUCUGGAGUAUGCUAGGAGUUGCGCUCAGCAAGGCGUGAUCCUGGAAGGUUGGCCCGCCAGCAGCGCCUGCAAGCCGAGAUGCCCGGCUGGCCUGGAGUACCGAGAGUGCACGUCCCCUUGUGCCAAGAGUUGCCAGAGCCUGGAUAUCAACGAGGUCUGCCCAGAGCAGUGUGUGGACGGCUGCAGCUGCCCCGACGGGAAGCUCCUAGAUGGUGACGUUUGUGUUGAUGCCCCAAACUGCUCCUGCAUAAAUUCUGGCAAGAAAUUCCCUCCCGGCUCUUCGGUUUAUCAAGACUGCAACUCGUGUAUUUGCAGGCAUGGCGUGUGGGUCUGCAGCAACGAGCCGUGCCCAGGCGAAUGCUCCGUCACCGGCCAGUCCCAUUUCAAAAGCUUUGACAACAAACACUUCACCUUCGGUGGAAUCUGCCAUUACUUGUUUGCUGGAGAUUGCGCGGGGAACUCCUUUUCUGUCUUCAUUGAGACGGUCCAAUGUGCUGAUGACCGUGAUGCGGUGUGUACCCGCUCAGUCUCUGUGCAGCUCCAGGAUGAGAAUCUGACUGUUAAACUGAAACAUGGCGGUGGCGUUUCGGUGAACGGGCAGGACAUUCAGAUUCCCUUCAUACAAAAUGCUCUCCACGUCCAGCAUACCGUGCUGCCAGCUGUUCGCCUCAGCUAUAAAGAGAACAUGCAUCUCGACUGGGAUGGGCUCGGGACCCUCGUGAUGAAGUUAUCCGCAGAAUACACUGAACAAACUUGUGGUCUGUGUGGCAACUACAAUGGGAAUCAAGGAGAUGAUUUUCUCACCCCUUCUGGCCUGGUGGAAACCCUUGUGGAAGACUUUGGAAAUUCUUGGAAGCUUAAGGGAGACUGCGAAGAUUUGCAGAAACAAGACAGCAAUUCCUGUAAUCUCAAUCCACGUUUAGCCAGGUACGCCGACAGUUCCUGCUCGGUCCUGCUGUCGCCCCUGUUUGAGCCUUGCCACCACGAAGUCAGUCCUUCUCCCUACCUCAAGAACUGUCGCUACGAUGUCUGCUCCUGCUCGGAUGGCAAAGACUGCUUGUGCACGGCGAUCUCUGCCUACGCCAUGGCCUGCGCACGCAAAGGCGUGGUCAUCGACUGGAGGCAGCCAGAAUUUUGUGCCAUGAGCUGUCCAGAAGGCCAACUCUACCAGCAGUGUGGAAGUCCUUGCAAUCAGACCUGCCGGUCUCUCUCCCAUCCAGACACCGAUUGCCGUGAAUUUUGCACCGAGGGUUGUUUUUGCCCCUUUGGAUUGUACCUUGACCAGCAGGGAGACUGUGUGCCCAGAUCCCAGUGCUCUUGCUACUACGAUGGUGAGAUCUUCCAGCCGGAUGAUGUCUUCUCUGAUCACCACACCAUGUGCUAUUGUGAAAAUGGCAUCAUGCACUGCAGCUCACAAAGACUUCCAGGAAGUUUCCUCCCAGAUGUUCUCUUUCAAAAUCAUCGUUCUGCCAGAG